CCCAUCUAGCGAAUGUCAUGAAACGCGGUUGUGACAAGUGAGACAACUCGAGUGCAUCGUAUCCGCAUCUUACGAGGUUAUUUAUAUUUACAUUCCUGUCUGAGUGUUUUCGCAUUUUACGAGAAGAACGAGUGUCCUCAUCUCUCUCAUUAAGUGAUCGAGGAUGGAUUUCCAAAAUCGUCCGGGUGGCAAAACCGGCGGCGGCGGGGUCGCCUCCUGGUCGGAGAGCAACCGCGACCGCCGGGAACGACUGCGUCAGCUCGCCCUGGAGACUAUAGACUUGAACAAGGACCCGUAUUUUAUGAAGAAUCAUUUGGGCUCGUACGAAUGCAAAUUGUGUCUCACCUUACACAAUAACGAGGGCAGUUACCUGGCGCACACGCAGGGUAAGAAGCAUCAGGCUAAUCUGGCCAGAAGAGCCGCUAAGGAGGCUAAGGAAGCACCACAGACCCUAGCACCGGAGAAACCCCGGGUCGAGCCCAAGAAAUUCGUCAAGAUCGGUCGACCCGGUUAUCGAGUUACGAAACAACGCGAUCCAGAAUCUGGACAGCAAAGUCUGCUGUUUCAGGUAGACUAUCCAGAGGUGGCGGACAAUGUGAUACCACGACAUAGGUUUAUGUCCGCUUAUGAGCAAAGGGUUGAGCCACCGGAUCGCAAAUGGCAGUAUUUACUGUUUGCAGCUGAACCAUAUGAGACUAUUGCCUUCAAAGUUCCCAGCAGAGAAGUGGAGAAGGCAGAAGGAAAGUUCUGGACUCACUGGAACAAGGAUACGAAACAAUUUUUUCUGCAAUUUGCAUUCAAGAAUGAAAAACCGUCCGUGGGCAAAGUACCACCACCACCAGUUCCUCUGAUAAGGCCAGGAUUGAGUACGAUGGUACCUGUUCCACCACCUCCUCCUAGACCACCCAUGUUUAAUCCGGUACCUCCACCACCGGCUCUCCUGGCGAGUGGAAUGCAAAUACCUCCUCCACCGCCUCAUAUAGCAUAAUACAUUCGAAUGCUUAU